AUGACAGAGACCUCCCCAGUCGCCAUCACGCAUCCAGCCACGGAGCCUUACCCGGUCACCGCCCCUCUGAACUCGCCCAUCGUCAACGGCACCGUCUCGGACUCGGCUGCGCCCGAAGAUGAGGAGCCGUACACCAUAAAAUGCAUUUGUGCAUUCGAAGAUGACGAUGGGAACACGGUCUUUUGCGAACGCUGCGAGACCUGGCAGCAUAUCGAUUGCUACUACCAUGGUCGAGUUGUCCCUGAGGUCCACAACUGUGUCGACUGUGAGCCCCGUCAUCUGGAUGCGCGGCGCGCCACUGAACGACAGAGACAGAGACGCCUCAGAGAACAUAGCGAUGGCGGUGACCGCAAGGCCAAACGGUCAGGGGCAAAGAGUCACAAGAAAAAGGUAAAGGAACACGGGGAUCAGGUAAAUGGUUUUCACCAGCGAUCUGAGUCAAGCAGUCGUGACCUACCUCCCUCUAAGAAGGCGAAGUUAAGCCAUCGUACUUCUGGCUCCAUCAGUUCACUCUCAGGAAUUCCCACUCUCGCCUCUGAUUCGCGCAAGCGCACCGCAGCCUCCAUGAGCCCAACAAAGCCCCCAGGGCCGUCCAUUCCCCUCUAUUCGAAUGAGUUUCUUCAUCUAUAUGACCGUGAUCAUGGCCAUGCCGAUAUCGAUGGUAAUCUCUUUGUCAAUCUUACGCUUGCAGCCGAUCUCGCGUCGUGGGUUAAGGACCCGACAGCGCUCGCGCGUGCAGCCAACGGCCGUCCUGCUGAAGAUAUAUUUACCCGAUCCGGUGCGGCUCUAGACCGAUCCCAUUGGCCAUCUCUAUCCCUGGAGUCGAUUACGGAUUCGAAUACUGAAAUUGAUGGCACACAUCCGACCUGGAAACUUCUCAAAACACGAAAUCGGGUCAGUAAGGAUGAAAUUGUUGGAGAAAUCACGGGCAAGAUCGGCUUACUGCGCGAUUACUCUCUUGAUCCCAGCAACCGUUGGCAGGAAUUACGGCAUCCUGAGCCAUUUGUCUUCUUUCAUCCACAGCUUCCAAUCUACAUUGACAGUCGGCAAGAGGGCAGCAUACUCCGCUAUGCUAGGCGCUCCUGCCGUCCGAACUUGACGAUGAAGACCUAUAUCACCAACGAGGUAGAAUAUCAUUUUUGCUUUGUCGCUAAGGAAGACAUCGCCGCAGAUUCCGAAAUUACCGCGACCUGGUAUCUUGACGCUCAGUUGUUUGGAUCCACCAACAGCCUGGUCAAGCAGGAGCCCGGCGAUAGUAUGCCGGAAAUGGCCGCUACCUGCAUCAGCAACGUUCUGGCUAAUUUUGGGGGUUGCGCCUGCGUUCCGUCUCCUAAUUGCUUACUCUCCAGCCUCGAUCGUCGGCGGUAUCUCAAGAACUCGGAUGGUAGCUUGAAACAAGCACAUGCGAAGCGGAGAAAGACGAAAAGCAAGUCGAAUACAACGCCACCAACUAACAAUAGCCGUGCCGGGAGCGAGUCCAUCAAGAACCCUGAAGAAGACGAUCACGCGGACAGUCAUUCUGCAUCAGGCUCCACGCACUGGCAAACCAAUAGUCGUGACCUCACACCAACCUUGCAGACCCCAACUGACGUGCAAAAUGCUUUCGGUGAUUCUGAACUCUCAGCCCGCGAGAGGCGUAAAAUUGCCGCGGCAGAGAAGAAGUUUCAGCAAUUAGAGCAGGAUCAACAGCAGGCCACUCACAAACGGAAGAAGCGGGUCAGUGGACAGUCGACUCAGACAGGCAGCAACACGUUUGACCGUCAGUCAUACUCGCCUCCGUUAUCGACAGGCCGACACGCGUCACCCCGUAAAUCGUCUCUUCCAAGCACUCCCUCCGCGCGAUUUCCGCCGGGCCGUUCUCAAUAUGUGGACUCGGCUGUUCAAGCAGAGUUGGAUGCGGUGAACGGCGUGACACCAAGUCCUCCAUCCUCCAGGCGGCCCAGCUUUACCCCUCUCACGCAGCGUCUUUUGAAGCGAUGUUACACCGAUCGAGUACGGUUAGAACAGCUUAGUCUGCAGCAACCCACGUCUCCUCUCUCCAACAAUAUCACACAUGAAAAGACAAUGGCCUCGACGCGCGCUGGAGUCUCUACCCCUACGCCCACCACUCCUAGUGCAUCUGGUGAAAAGGAAGACGUAGAAAUGCGAAAUCUAGAGUCGCCAACGGGAUCGUCGUCGGCACGGUCGCAAACACGAAAUACGACCGUCGAGAACUCACCAACGUAUGGGCGUGGUUCGGGCAAAUCGUUACCGCCACCACCCUGGCCGUCCAGCGCGGCACAUAUUGCUCGAUUACCUGCGCGGAAGGCCACAAGCCCUCGCGUGGAUACCGGUGUACAUAUUACUCCGAGCGCUGUCAACUUCGUGCCGUCUGCUACUAGCCCAAAUUCUGCGCUGUCGUCAGCCCUAUCAUCACCGUCCACUUUGGAUCCGUCCUUGCAGCAUCCCGCAACUGCUGCUCCUGGGGCAGGGGUGGCUGCACCUAGUCCAGUCAAAAAGAAGCUUAGCCUGGGCGACUACCUGAUGCAAAGAAGUUCUUUGAAGACUCCUACCACGGAGAAGACGCAGGCGCAAGCCACUGCAAUGCCAGCCCCAACCCCGCCUGCUAUACCUUCAGAUAGACGUGACAGUCUAAACGCGGCAAGUGGUACGCAGCCGGAAUUCGGCUCUUCAGCUUCAGCAAAAACCCCGAGCAAUGUGGACGUUGCGAUGAAAGGUGUAUCGGGCUCCACACACCCAACACAUCUCCCCUCUGCUUCCUAA